GCCCUACCGCGCUCGUCUCCCCUGCCCGAUCCGCGCCCGUCCGGGGCCCCGCCGCAGCCGCAGCCAUGGACGCCAUCAAGAAGAAGAUGCAGAUGCUGAAGCUCGACAAGGAGAACGCCUUGGACCGAGCUGAACAAGCGGAGGCCGACAAGAAGGCGGCCGAGGACCGAAGCAAACAGCUGGAAGACGAGCUGGUGUCACUGCAAAAGAAACUCAAGGGCACUGAAGAUGAGCUGGACAAAUACUCCGAGGCUCUCAAAGAUGCCCAGGAGAAGCUGGAGCUGGCAGAGAAAAAGGCCACCGAUGCUGAAGCUGAUGUCGCCUCUCUGAACAGACGUAUCCAGCUGGUUGAGGAAGAGCUGGAUCGUGCCCAGGAGCGUCUGGCCACAGCUUUGCAGAAGCUGGAGGAAGCUGAGAAGGCUGCUGAUGAGAGCGAGAGAGGCAUGAAAGUGAUUGAAAGUCGGGCCCAAAAAGAUGAAGAGAAAAUGGAAAUUCAGGAAAUCCAGCUGAAAGAAGCCAAGCACAUUGCUGAGGAUGCCGACCGAAAGUAUGAAGAGGUAGCCCGGAAGUUGGUCAUCAUUGAGAGUGACCUGGAGCGAGCAGAGGAGCGGGCUGAGCUCUCAGAAGGCAAAUGUGCCGAGCUUGAAGAAGAAUUGAAAACUGUGACCAACAACCUCAAGUCCCUGGAGGCUCAGGCUGAGAAGUACUCACAGAAAGAAGACAAGUAUGAGGAAGAGAUCAAGGCCCUUUCCGACAAACUGAAGGAGGCUGAGACUCGAGCUGAGUUUGCAGAGAGGUCAGUAACUAAAUUGGAGAAAAGCAUUGAUGACUUAGAAGAUCAACUCUACCAGCAACUUGAACAAAACCGUCGCCUAACUAACCAACUAAAGCUGGCCCUGAAUGAGGACUAAACCUAAGUGAGAAAGCACUUGGGCUGAAUUCUAGGAAUGGAGCCCAAAAUGAGGCAAUCUCAGAUUGUCAUAGCUUCCAUAUAAUAGGGUUUAGGCACAGUUGCUUUCUGCAGCAAUGUCGGUUGAGCAGGAUCCAUUGGGAGGCCAGCCUUGCCUGCAUUCUAUUCUCAUAUCUGGAAUAAUCACACUCUUUCAUUCCCAAACAGCUUUCCAAAUAAUAUGCAUAUUGUUUGUGGGAAAUAUUUAUGACAUGUACUUCAGCUCUCUGAUAGUAGGCACUUUUCAUUUGAACUGGUAUAUAACAUGAACCCAAAAAUGUGUUUUAUUUCCUACUGAGGAUUGAGUUUGGAUUUAAGUUAUAAAGGCAAAGCAGAGAAGUGUAUAUGUGUACAACUACAUAUAUAUAUAUAUAUAUAUAUAUACAUAUAGAGAGUACAUAGGAUGCAUUGUAUAUAAUAUACUAUUGUGUAUACAUAUUCCUAAUAAUAUCUGGUAUAAGUGUUUGAAAUAUGAAUAAAUGUACUUAUGCUUGGGCAAAAUAGCUUUGGAAAGCAGGCGCUCUUGUCAGAAGUCCCUGAUUGAAAGGUAUGCUUUUCACUCAAGCCUAAUGGUGUUGGAAUCUGAGAUUGUCGUGUGCUAAUAAUAAGUAGAAUGCUGCAAAAGUAGUAAGAGAAUGUCCUACCAAAGUGUGCAUGAAUUGUGAUCGUUUUAUUUCUCCCAGCAAACUUUGGGACUAAGCAUUUAAGAAGUUUGUUUCCAGUGAGGUUAUGUUCGCUACAUUGCGACUCCUGGAAUUAUAAUAACUUACAGCAUCUGUGCUCUGAGCUUUAUACCUAUAUUCCUGUUUAUAUGGCACAUGACUAGACCUUUAUCCAGACCUCCCCACUCACCCACCCCUACAUUGUGUCCUCAGGGUGGAUCUCUGGGGACGGACCAUCUCCCCCUGCACCUACCCACACACACACCUGUUCUGCCCACAGUGCCUUCCAGUACAGAUGUCCUCUCCCUUCACGGGUCCUUAGAAAUAAGCAGUGUCUUACAAGCAUGCCUAGUUCUAAUCAUCUCAUCCUGUGUUUGUGAUUGAUGUUUGCCUGCCUGGAUGUAAAAACCGCCAUUGUGUCCAAAGCGCAGCUAUUCAUGACUUAAUUUUCUAAUCUCACCACAGAGAAAGUGGCCCAUGCCAAGGAAGAGAACCUUAGCAUGCAUCAGAUGCUGGAUCAGACUUUACUGGAGUUAAACAACAUGUGAACACCUCCUCCUUAGCUGCGGCCACAUGCUUUUAUGUUGUGUUUGAUUGGGUUUUUUAAUUUGUUUUUUGUUUGUUCGGUUGGUUUGGAAUUGAGUCACCUACUUACCAUAAACCCCCUUACGUGCAUUUUUAUUUACUUUUAACCACUGUCACAGAAGCCUCCCCACAGGGCUGGGGAAACACCUCUUACACAGGCAGGCCCAGGACGAUUUCAAUGUGCCAUUUCCCAGGUGGACAUCACCGCCACCCUUAGUGAGUUUUAGCAACAAACAGAUGCUCAGUGUGGGAACCCUCACUGACACAGGAAGAGUUCCACCCAAAGUGCCAACAGCAUAGUUAGCAGGAAGGUGAAUGUUAGAAAGACAAUCAGGUGUGGACUGGUGCUACUUAAACCAAAGGUCCCAUGGGGUCUUUCGUUCAAUAGUGUACAGUUUAGAAUUCUGUCCAACACUAAUUUAUUUUAUCUUGAGUUCUGUGAGAUGAGUCUGUGGAUCCUGUAUGCCUAAGUUCAGUUAAGCCAAGGGUUUUGUACACCACACUGCUUUCUAGACUUCUGUUCCUCAUUGUUGGCACACUUGCAGCUCCUCACGACUCGUAGGAUAGCAUUGGAGGUAGAUUUCCACCCUUCAUUUCUCCGUGUUAAAGUCUAAGAUUUAGGCACUACUUAUACUUGGUAAAGAAACAUUUUCUUAAGAGUUAUAACUAUAUGUAAACAUUGUAUAAUGAUAUGAAAUAAAAUGCACAUUGCAGGACAUUUUCUAAA